GAGAGAGAGAUGAGAGAGGUUUGAGAGCUCAAUGGGAAAACACUUUGUCCUGAUGUGCUAGUGCACGCUGUGUCUCUUGCAAGUUUUUGCAACACCACAGGAUUCUUUAAGUUUUGGGUAGAAGUUGCUGCUGCUGCUGGUUUAGCAGGUUCUACUUGUCCUCAUUUACCAUCUUUUAAGUUUGCCCCAUCACUGAGUGUCUUAGAGGACGAGUAGUUUGAGGAGAAGAUCCAAAAUUCUUGUAACUUUUCUGCUGGCCACAUCCUGUUCAAACACAUCACAUUCUUUCUUGCUUUUAAUUUUUUUUUUAGCUCUGCUCUCCUGUUCCCCUUCUCCUUUACCUGUCCCUCGCUUUCCUAAGCCCUCUGUUCCCCUAAUGGGCACCAUAUCAGACAGCAGUGCCACAUUCCCUUCAUCGUCACUGAGAACCUCCCUCCACCCCUAACCGCCUCGCCAACGCCAACAUCAACACGAUCCAAUGGAGACAAAAGAUAUGAUGCUGACGAGCAUGUUGACAAUGGAUGAAAGAGAGAAUGAGGGCGAGAGGGAGAAAGAAAGAGAGGAGGUUGGGGGAGAAGCGGAGGGAACACAGCAGGAACAUAGUAGACCAAUGCUGGCUGAUGGUCUUGCAGAGAGAGGACCCAAGAGCCUGAUCUCCGGGUCUGGACAGCAGGUGUCAAAUGGCUUCACCACAUCCACUCCUCAAAGCCCUAGGGAGGGACCGGGGAGCGCAGCUUUUUCUGGAGGUACAUCCUCUGUGCCUGGAGGAGGCACCGGGUCAUCAGUGCCGCUGGGAGGCCUCAGGACUCUGGUGGUCCAACAAACCAGCUUGGAGAGGCCCAGAGAAACCUGGAGCAAGAAGAUGGACUUCUUGCUCUCUGUGAUCGGCUAUGCUGUGGACCUGGGAAAUGUCUGGCGCUUCCCUUACAUCUGCUACCAAAAUGGAGGAGGUGCCUUUUUGCUGCCCUACCUGUUGAUGGCGGUGUUUGGAGGUGUCCCUCUCUUCUACAUGGAGCUGGCUCUUGGUCAGUUCCACCGCAGUGGCUGCAUCUCCAUCUGGAAACACAUCUGCCCCAUCUUCAAAGGGAUCGGCUUUGCCAUUUGCAUCAUAGCCCUCUACAUAUCCUUCUACUACAACACCAUCAUGGCCUGGGCCUUGUACUAUCUACUGUCAUCGUUCCAGCCCACCCUGCCCUGGACCACCUGCACCAACAGCUGGAACACAGCUAACUGUAACCGUUAUAUGUCCACCGACCACAAUGUGUCGUGGUCCAACUCCUCCACCUCCCCCGCCGAGGAGUUCUAUACUCGCCAGGUGUUGCAGGUCCACCUCUCCCCAGGUCUGCACCAGCUGGGCUCUGUCAGCUGGCAGCUGGCCCUCUGCCUGCUCUUCAUCUUCACCAUCAUCUACUUCAGCAUCUGGAAAGGAGUCAAGACGUCUGGAAAGGUAGUUUGGGUGACUGCUACCUUUCCCUACCUGGUCCUGCUGGUGUUGCUCAUCCGUGGGGCCACUCUGCCAGGGGCCUGGAGGGGCGUGGUUUUCUAUCUCAAACCUGAUUGGGAGAAACUGCUAAGCACCACAGUGUGGAUUGAUGCAGCAGCUCAGAUCUUCUUCUCACUGGGUCCAGGGUUCGGCGUGCUCCUUGCCUUUGCCAGCUACAACCCGUUUCACAACAACUGCUACAAAGAUGCUUUGAUCACCAGCUCUGUGAACUGUCUGACUAGCUUUCUGUCUGGCUUCGUCAUCUUUACCGUGUUGGGCUACAUAGCUGAGAUGAGGCACCUGGAUGUGGAUGCUGUGGCCAAGGAUGCUGGUCCCAGUCUGCUGUUCAUCGUUUAUGCAGAAGCCAUAGCAAAUAUGCCUGGUGCUACUUUCUUUGCCAUCAUCUUCUUCCUCAUGAUCAUUAUGCUGGGUCUGGAUAGCACGUUUGCGGGGUUGGAGGGGGUGAUCACCGCUAUGCUAGAUGAGUUCCCCCAUGUCCUGUCUAAGAGACGAGAGCAGUUUGUCCUAGGCCUGGUGUGCGUUUGCUACCUCGGGGCUCUCUCCACGCUCACAUAUGGAGGAGCGUUUGUGGUGAAGCUGUUUGAGGAGUAUGCUACAGGCCCUGCAGUCAUCACUGUGGUCCUGCUUGAAGUCAUAGCCGUUUCCUGGUUCUACGGUACCAACCGUUUCUGUAAUGACAUCCAGCUCAUGCUUGGUUUCUACCCGGGCUUGUUCUGGAGGGUCUGCUGGGUGGCCAUCUGCCCCUGCUUUCUGCUGUUUAUCGUCAUCAGUUUCCUGGCCUUCCCUCCAGAGGUCAAGUUGUUCCAAUACCACUUCCCGCCAUGGACCACUGUCCUGGGCUACUGCAUUGGGGUGUCAUCAUUCAUCUGUGUGCCUGCUUAUAUGGUCUACCACUUGCUCAAUGCCAAGGGAACAUUCAAACAGCGUCUCUUAAAGAGUAUCACUCCAGAGCCCAGCGGUGAACAACACAGAGACUUCAUUGUCACCAACGCAGUCUGACCAAACCCUGACCAAAAGAAGGUGCCAGUCUAGCAACAUACAGUGCUCUUUUCUGGACAAACUGCAAAACCACAGGACAAGGGGGCUACCUAUCACCGCCUUUGCCUCUUUUUCAUACAUCUCCUAAACUUGUUUUUUAGCUGUCUGACACCAAGAUUUAGAAAUAGUGGUGGAGUUCGGUGGAGCCAGGCUGCAGUAGCUUUAUUUAGCCCUGUUUGGUGUGGUUCCUUAUGCUGGUUCAGUUUUUAAGGAGUUAUCUGGUAUCUUUCCUCUCUCUAUUUGUCUACUCACAGGUGUCACCUAAGCCAUUUAGUGACCAACUUUUCUUCAGGUUAUACAGUUGUAACAAAUAUUUUAUACAAUUAUAGAAAGUAUGAUACAAUAUCUGUCUAUGUAGACAAUAAACUGGAGAUACUGCACAUUGAAAUCAGUUGGAGAAGGCCAGAAAUAUACAUUCCAAUCUUUUCAGUCUUUAUGGUUGCAUUUUCAUAUUAUGCUGUUACGUUAUGCAUUCCAAUAUGUAGCAAAAUUCAGGUAUCUGUUACUAAAGCCAAAUAUAUGAUAACUGCUCUGUUCAUAUUUCUAAAGAUGUUUCAAUAUUGUAGCUGUCGUUAUGUUGUGUUGACUGUCAGCCUGUGUUUAUUUGUUGGCAUCUUGGGCGAGCAACGGAUUUGCAAUGAAUUCCCUACACUGUGAAGCACACUGGUGUCUGAUAGUGAAUGUGUGUGACUCUGUGUGUGUGUGUGUGUGUGUGUGUGUGUGUGUGUGUGUGUGUGUGUGUGUGU